GUUUUCCCUUAUUGGCGUUUUGUUGCCUGUUCGUUUUUAUCUUUAUAUCCAUUUGGCAAUUUGACGUUUCGACUAGUUUACCAUUUGAAUUUUACAAUUUGAAUUUUGUAGUUUUUCCUACUGUAAUCCUUUUUCUGUUUUCUUUCAUUUUAAAUCUGAGUUAUGAUUUUUUACUUUUUCCCUUGGCUUUAUUUUUUUCAGUAAUUUAUAUAGUCUUAUUUAACAUUUUUUAAAACAAUGCCUGACAAAUCUAUAAUAGACGAACAACUUCUGGCUCGUGCUAUUCUUGAUCUUGAACUUAUUGACCGCCUCAUAACGAAUCGCGAGGACGGCAAAUUUGCUUAUUCAAAGAAGAGACUUGGUUGGAACUCAAAAACGGCUGAAUUCAGUCCUCUAUGUUAUCAUUGUGGUAAACGCGGGCAUGUGGCGAAGGCUUGUCUUUUUGCUGGGGGUUUGCGUGGAACUUCAACUUCGUAUCGUCGGGAGACGGUGACCACUGUACAACAAACUGAGAAAGAGGGAGAAGAAGGCAAAUCAGAAGAGAAGGUGGUUGUUCUUGCUGAAUGGACUUCGAAAACUGGUGGAACUUAUACAGAUGAUGAAUGUGAAACGUCGGAUACUGGAGAAGAAGUUGUUGGUGUUGAAAAAUAAAUUUGAAAAAUUUGCUGAAAAGAGGUUUUUUUAAAAAUAUAUACCUAAUUUUAUUUGGUUUUGUCCUUAUAGUUUUUUGGGUUUUGUUUAAAUUUUGGUCGUUAGUAAACUGUUUUUAGGAAUUUUUUGGAUUUUUUUGUGUAGGAUUUGAGUGAUUUCUUUAUUUUUAAAGGUAUUUUAUAGGCUUUAGAUUUCCUAGGAAAUUUUUCUGGAUACUUUGUGUAGGAUUCGGUUGAUUUUUUUGUUGUUGUUUUGGGUGGGGAGGCUAACUCAAGAAAUUCCAAAUCGCAGAACAGACAGGUCACGGAACGACAAUUUUGUUUUUUUAAGAAUAUUCUAAUUUGUUAAAAAAAAUUCCGAUUUUUCAAAAAAUCUCAAUUUUAAAAAUAUUUCGUGUUUUGGGUCAUUCCGUGACUUUGUCGAUCCAUGAAUUGUCCUUUGUUAGCCCGGCACGGUUAUUUCAAAAAAAAUUUUUUCCUUUCAAAAAAUCUUUCAAACCUUCUAUUUAUUGCGCUAAUUCACUCUUCUCUUUCUUGUAUUUUUAAAUUAAAAGUAGUAAAAACCAUCAAUCAUCGUCCUAAUCAAUCAUCAUUUUUUUUCUUUCUGUUGCGCGAAAACAUGAAUAGAAGAGAAAAUUUGGGGGGAAGUUUGUAUUUAAAUUAAAAAUUGAUUUUUGGAUGAUUCAAUUUUCGAUGAUGAGUCAGUCAGCUUUUUCUUUUUAAAUUGCUUUUUUUAAGUAUUUUUUGGAGUUUUGGAAAUUUUUGAAAUUUGUAUAAUUUUAUAAAAAUCAAAAUUCUUCCCAGAAGGUUCUUUUUCUUUCAAAUUUUUUUUCAAAAAAUUUCUUUUCCAAUUUUUCUACCCCACUCAUUUUUUUCGUGCAAACUUCUGACAAUAAACUUGAAAAAAUCCUUGCUAGAAAGGGCACAUUCUCUAUCGAAUGAGCCCGGUCUCGACCGUUUUUAGAUCGGUCACCUCGCAACCUCUCCGUGUUAGCUCAUCACUAUUUAUUUUUAUCUUUUAUUUUUUCGAAAUUUUUAGGCUUCCUAAAUUUUCAAAAAAAAAAAUUUCGUUGAAUUUCAUAAAAAUUUAAAGAUCCUCCCUCCUCCCCUUCGUCUUCUUCCUGCUAUUUUUCCUCCUCUUUACUUUACCUCCCCCAAAAUAUUUUUAAAAAUUCACCCAACUUUUUUUUCUACCAUUUUCUCCCUUCUCUCUUAUUUUCCACUC